CGAGUUUCCGUCUCCGGCGGACAUAUUGCUUACGGGAGCAAUUUCUGGGAAGCUAGAAGAGGGAAAGGGACUUACGAUUGAUUGAUACGUUUGACGACUCGACACACUCAACGCACGUGGGACACAAUGGAGCCAUCAGGUAGUCCGGCCAAGGAUAACUACAGGAUGAACCGCUACAAGAACAAAGCACUGAACCCAGAAGAGAUGCGGCGCAGGAGAGAGGAGGAGGGCAUCCAACUCCGAAAACAGAAACGAGAACAACAGCUUUUCAAGAGGAGGAACGUGGACGUUCUCAAUGAAGAGGAGGCCAUGUUUGAGAGUCCACUGGUGGACUCCUACCUCAGCUCCCCAGUAACAGAAGGAGUAAUUACCAGAGACAUGGUUGAGAUGCUUUUCUCAGAGGACCCGGAGCUUCAGCUUGCCACAACACAGAAGUUCAGAAAACUACUUUCCAAAGAGCCCAACCCGCCAAUUGAUGAAGUUAUAAACACGACUGGAGUAGUGGAGAGGUUUGUGGAGUUCCUAAAGGAGAGCAUCAACUGCACACUACAGUUUGAAGCGGCUUGGGCUCUAACCAACAUCGCAUCAGGCACAUCCUUACAGACAAAGACGGUGAUUGAGGCGGGAGCAGUGCCAAUCUUCAUAGAACUACUCAACUCCGACUUUGAGGAUGUCCAAGAGCAGGCUGUGUGGGCCUUAGGUAAUAUUGCAGGGGACAGUGCAGUUUGCAGGGACUAUGUGCUGAACUGCAACAUCCUUCCGCCACUAUUAAUGCUUCUGACAAAAUCCACUAGAUUGACUAUGACGAGAAACGCGGUCUGGGCUCUGUCUAAUCUCUGCAGAGGAAAAAAUCCUCCACCUGCAUUUGAAAAGGUGUCACCCUGUCUGCCAGUGCUGUCCAGGCUUUUAUUUAGCAGUGACCCAGACUUGCUGGCAGAUGCCUGCUGGGCCCUGUCCUACCUCUCCGAUGGCCCCAACGACAAGAUCCAGGCUGUCAUUGACUCUGGCGUCUGCAGGCGCCUUGUCGAACUACUCAUGCACACUGAUUAUAAGGUGGCCUCCCCUGCCUUGAGAGCUGUAGGUAACAUUGUCACUGGAGAUGAUAUCCAAACGCAGGUGGUGUUGAACUGCUCAGCCCUGCCCUGUCUGCUGCACCUUCUCAGCAGUGCUAAAGAGUCUAUUCGCAAAGAAGCCUGCUGGACAAUCUCGAACAUAACGGCAGGAAACAGAGCGCAGAUACAGACAGUAAUUGAUGCCAACAUCUUCCCAGUGCUGAUCGACAUUCUCCAGAAAGCAGAGUUCAGAACCAGGAAAGAGGCAGCCUGGGCCAUUACCAACGCCACAUCUGGAGGGACACCAGAGCAGAUCAGGUAUCUGGUGAACCUCGGCUGCAUUAAGCCACUGUGUGAUCUGCUGACGGUGAUGGACUCCAAGAUUGUUCAGGUUGCUCUCAACGGGCUGGAGAACAUCCUGAGGCUUGGCGAGCAGGAGGCCAAGCAGGAGAACAGCGGCUCGGGAGUCAACCCUUACUGCAGCCUCAUCGAAGAAGCCUAUGGUCUGGACAAGAUCGAGUUCCUUCAGAGCCACGACAACCAGGAGAUCUACCAGAAGGCCUUUGACCUAAUCGAGCACUACUUCGGGGUGGAGGACGAGGACAGCAGUCUAGCCCCUCAGGUGGACCAGGCCAACCAGCAGUUCCUUUUCCCCCAGCAGGAGGCUCCCAUGGAGGGCUUUCAGCUAUAAUUCAGCCCCCCCCCCCCCCCCCCCCCCCCCCCCAAUCUCUAAACCACAUAAUUUAUCCCCUCCACACCUCUCAUAGAUUGAGUUGUACCUCCGAGCCCCCUCCGUUGAUCUGCCGCUACCCACCCCCACCUCUACUGUCACCACACACACCCCUGCCCUCUUUGGAGGAAAACUAAUAUUGUCUCCCUAAAAAUGUCCCAUUCUCCUCCAGCAGUGGACUGACUUCUCGCAGGGCAGACUUGCGUGCUUCCCAGCCAGUAGGGGAGCAUACAACACAAACUCCAUCACACUUAGAUGAGGAAGCAAUCAGCUUGUAGCCCAAAGUGUGAGUCUGCGAUGGCUUAAAACGCACACACAGACAUCUUCCUGCCAUUUGAUAGCCCUUAGAUUCUGUAACUGGAAGUAACAAUGGCUUUUUGGUUCAUAUCUUAAACCCCCCCCCCCCCCCCCCCCCACAUUCCUAUUUUCAGGACUACCCAUGCAUCCUCUGGCAAAGUCUGCAGACUGCAGGUGCAUGAGGUGAAAUAUGCCCAGCUAUUGAUGUCAGUGUAACUUAGUGCAAUUCAAAAAAGUGUUUGUAACAUUAUCCCUUUUUCAGUUUUAUGAUUAGCCCCUCCCCCCAACCCUUACUUAUCUGCUCCUUAUUAGUGCUUGUGUUUUAUUUUUUUCUUUUCUUUCUAUGGAAAGCACAUGGUUUGCUACCAAGAGGCUAUGUGAUCAUUAGGCUUAGGGCUUGUCUCUGCAUAUCUGCUCAUAGGAAAAAGAAUCCUAUCUGUAUGGGGAGGGGGUGCAAAAUUAAGGGCUUUCUACUGUAGUCUAAUGUCCAAGCUUAAGGUGUAAGAGGGUUUUGUUUUAGGGUUUUUCUUCCCCUCCUCAAUCAACUUUACUUUUUUUCUUUUUUCUUUGGGACAAAUUUUAGGGGGUUGAGGUAGGAAGAAGUGUAAACAAUUUAGAAAACAGAACUAGCUAACCUCGGGAGGGGCUCUGAAGGAGUUAUUGGAAAUAGAAUUGGGUUAUUUCUCAAGAUGAUGUGUUAAAUAAAAAAAAAAUCCAGGUUUCGAGGGUGGUAUAGUUAGAGAUCCAAUGUUCGUUGUGUGACGUGUUAUUGAUAACAUUUGAAUUAUGAAGUGAUUUAACUAUUAAUUGAGGCGUAGCUGGGGCGUUUGGGGGGAGGCAGCAGCAGCAGCAAACUAAAUGUAUUUUUAUCGAAAAACACGAAUUCAAAGGAUCGCAGAUGUUUCAAGUAGAGUGACAGACAUGUCACAGAAAUCUCGAGAGACAAUGUUUUAUAGUUCUGACUCUCUGGCGCCGUUGAAGACCAAUGUAUAUAGUUUGCUGGGCGUCAGCUCGGCUCUGUGCCCCCCCCCCCCCCAGUCAUAUGUGGUAGGGUUUUUGCAUGGUGUUAUAUUACCCCACCUACAGUCACUGAGUAUCCCCGGCCAAACACAGACAGUUGGCACAGUGAGAUGAAGCGCAGUGUGGAAAAAAAGCACUGUUGCACACGCUCCUUGUUAACAGCAUUUAAAGCUAAAAACGCAGUAAACUGGGCCAUAACUGAUCGGUUUUGGUGACAUUUACCGUGAUGGUGUAGUGACGAUGGUGGUGUCUUGUAUAGCGCUAGAGUCGAUAUAUAACCUAUGGCAUUCUAUAUCACCAUAGCUUUGAGGAAUGGGAAUGACAACUGAUAAGAUAAAGAUUUUGCAUGGGUCCCUUGUGAUGUGUGUAAAGUGUCAAUGUAAAUAGCCUGUCCUCUGCCCGGCUAGGGAAGUCUGUGCCGCUUCUUUCUCCCGCCAUGGGUCGAACAACAACCAGAGUUUGGCUGGGGAUAUGUCUAAGAUAAGUGACGAGCCUAACUGCAAAAAAAAAAAAAAAAAAAAAAAAAUUCAAGUAUAAAUCUAUAUUUGAAUUUUGAUGUAUUUGCAUUCUAUAUAUAUAUACAUAUAUAUUUGCACACACUUCAAGUACACUUGCAUACAACACCAGCAGACACUGUACACACACCUCACACAGAUGAGUGGCUAGCAGCAAGUAAAAUAGUUUCCAUAGUCGUAAAUGAAAAAAAAAGUAGUAGUUCUUUUCAUUUGAUUUUGAAGUUCAAGUUUUCUCCAAAGUGUGAAUUAUGCCAGUUUGGCUUUUUUGUUUAGUUUCAGAGUACCUCGUAUAUAUUUUUUUCCCUUCUUUAUAGAAAAUAUUUUAAUUUUAAUUUAGAUUGGGUUUUUUUUCAGUCCUAAUAGAGACGAUUUUUUUUCCUGUUGCUCUUAUGGAAACUCUUUAGUUGUUUCUAGCCACAUGACUUAAUGAUGGUUUAAAUAUAAUCCUGUGAACUCUGACCCCGAAGAUCACCGCUGCCUCUCGACAGAGGCUGAUCUCCGGGGGUCUGGUUCAGGCUUUGUGGAUGGAGUAGAACUGUGGUUGUGUGAUGUUUGACUGACAGGCACUGUGCGAGGAAGAGGUUGAUUGACUCUUUGACUAUGUCCCCCAUCGGUGUCUGGGAGCCUCUGUUCUGUGGAUCACAGGAGCAUCUUUCAGAUUUAUCUUUCUCAACCAAAAUAUAAAUGCUUAGUGUACAAUCGUGAACACAUCUUUUUGUCAAAAAAAAGAGCAUCUUUUGUUUGGAUGUGAGUGCAGGCUUCUCUUUUGCAAUUGGUUUGUUUCACUAUUGCAUUUUUUUACAUUUGCCUUAAAAUCCCUUUGUCAGUGGAGAAGAUCAUAGUGUCAUAGUGCUGCUAUUAGACACAGUGGUUAAAAGCCUUCAUUGACAGAAACUGCGUUCAGACGAUGCACUGAACUCCAGACAUUGUCGUGAACUUUUCCGGAAGGUUUCCAUUUGAGAAUGUAAAUGUUGCUCCGGACAUUCUCUGGAUCUUUUCCUGCCAGCUGCCCCAAGUCAAACGUCUGGAGAAGUGAGCCCAUGUGAGAACACAGCAGGAGAAUCUGUUGAGGAUUCACAGCAAGCGAUUGUUCAAGACUGUAAAAAACAUCACGCCCUGUCAUCUGGGAGAUUUUCCUGCCGCUGUGAACGCGUCCGACACGGGACGAUCUCCCGCUGCUUUCAUCACAUGUGAAACGGCAAACUUCGGAGAGUGUCCGCGGAAUCGCGUGUGGACAUUGUCCGGAGUUCGCGUCUGAAAACAGCUGGAGGGAACAUAUGUUUGAGAAUAGAAAUGUUGUCCACAGAACACGUGUGCUCCCGGUAGACAUAAGAGGUCAAAUCUUGGUAUAAUUGAGCAUCAUGAACAUAUCUCUGCAUGACAGACGUGUGGAGCUGCAUUCAUAACUGAAGUCUUGGAUUUCAUGGACAAUUCUGUGCUUUUCUUACAAAUAAGGCCAGAAUUGCAAUGUUAAAAAAAAAAAAUCAGUGCAUCAACCAGGAAAGAAUAUUAUAUAUUAUAUUUCUGAAAAAUGAAAAUGCACUCCUAUUCACAAAAGUGCCAACCUGACCAACAGACUGGAGGUUCUUAUGUAUCUGUCUUUUUGGUUUUUUUUUUCUUUCUUCUUUAUAUCUUUUUAUUUACUUGAAUGUGCACACGUUUUGUGCAAAACAUUGCUGCUCUAUUUUUUUUUCCUUAUCUUUAAAGUUACAUUAUUAGCCAUUGCUUCUUUGGAAAAGUGGCAUUCUUUACUGUGGGCACCUCCAAUAAGGAAUUAAGGAAGUGUAAUUGUCAUUCGGGGGAGGGCUAGGACUUGAUUAACUGCAUAGAACUGGUCUUUCCAGCGACUUGUCCGUUUGUGAUGGUCCCCACUCUGAUGCUCUUCUUAUGGGUUUCACUGUGCAAAGCUGAGCUGCAAAUUGACUUUUUGAAUCGAUUAAUUGAUUUUCCAGCGGUGAAAACAUUAGAGUUUCCUAUUUUGCUUCUUUUCUUUCCCUCUGUGUGCAAAAAGAAACUGCACAGACAGAAAUAUUUGUAGUACUUAACUGUGGCAGACGAUGCAAAUUGUGGGGACUAUCAUGGCAGACAAUUGCGGGUACCGACCUUAUUGUUGAUCUUAGUUUACCGAACUUUUGUCACCCCCGGAGGCCGGUUUCAAUUAUUUACUUGAUGUUUUGUUUUCAAUAGUUAAUGCGAUUGGCUUGUGUUGAAGCAAGUCUGUCCGGCUGAUAGGUUGCUUCAGGCCAUUUGCAAACUUCCUUCUUGUCAUGAGAAGCUGCAUUGAGCUCAGUCCCACUUUUCUUUUUGCGCUCAAGUUCAAGUACUGUGUAGGGAGCUCGAAAGAAUCUGCAAAAACAAAUCCAGGAGACUGCAAUAAUUACUGUCCCGAGAAUCAGGCACCCCAGAGGCAAAGAUCCACCUACCAACCGCCCACACAGGUGACACUCCUUCCACUGGGCGGAGCUAAAAGAGGCGACUUACUUGACAUUUUUUUCUAAGAUAAAAAAAAAUAAAAUGGGAUUCAGAAAUUGUGCAGUGAUUUACAUUAAAAAGUAUUAUAAGUUAAACUAUAUGUAUGUUCUGAUACAUUGACAGGGAUACCGAUGCAAUUCUAAUCACUUCUGAGAAGUGGAGGGAAAAAAAAGUCUCAUUAGAACAUUUCACAGGAGAAGAAAAAAAAAAGAGGAAGUGAUGACAAGCCUUUUCUGCUUUUCUUGAUCUUUUUCUCGAUCAGGAUAUUCUGGGCUAUAUUUUUUUGAAUAGUUGUGUUUCAAGUAAAGGUUUUGUCCUAGUCAGGCUUGUAUGAUCAGGAACCUUGUUAUCUAUGGGGGGAAUUGAACAGACAUCAAUAAAUAUCCAAAACCUGACUUGUCUUCCGUCCUCGAAGAUGUUCAUGUCUAUUAUCAAAAUCGAAAAGCCAUGCUUGGCUUGUUCAAGUAAUGUUGACGCUACAAAUGUUUACAAUGCUGCAUGUUUGUAAAAAAAGAAAAAAAAAAACUUUUCAUAUGCCAUCACUGACCGGUCCUGGUGUAUCCUCGGCUCUGGUCCUCUCAUUUCUUUUACAUGUAUUUAUUUUUCCUCUUCUCUUGAUUUAUGAUUUUUCGUUUUGCUCAAAAUGACCCAUCUUAAACUGUGACUUGACUUGACUUUACCGACGGAAUGAAUGAGUGACAAGAAACUAAUACACGUCAGCUGAACAUGACACACAAACAUGAACAUGAAAAGAAAAAAAGAAUACAUGCAGGAAAUGGCAACAAUAUUAAAUGUAAAGAAAAUAUAUUGAAUUAAAAGUUGUUCAGUGGAAAUACUGUUCAAAACAAAUAAAGUUAUGUUUCAACCCUUUAA